AUUACUCACUCACUUAGACUCCCAAAACAAGUCACGUGGAUUUACCUCUUUGAGACUUGCUAGAUUUCGUUUUUCAUGUAGUUCUUGGCGAAGUAUCAUUUUCAUUUUCAAGUAAAUAGAAUAGAAUAGAAUAGAAGAAUCCGAAAUCAAAAUCUGAGUUCUCAGAUCGAUCCUCCUCCCAAUUUAAUCAACACUAUUCCCACUGCUCACUCCCACUGACAGUAGGAAGAAGAUGGAUCACAACAGGAUCAGACUCAGAAGUUGUUCCAUUGAUCCGCUUGAUCUAAAAUUAAUCAUAAAAUUAGGGUUCUGUUUCCUAAUCUUCUUCUUCUUCGUAUCAGUUGUUGAAAGUUCGAUCCAUGAAUACAAUAACGAACCAUUUACACCUCAAUUAAAUUCCUUCUUCUUUCAUGGUGGUAGUGAAGGUCUUUACGCUUCUAAAUUUCUGGGUGAUAGAACAACAACACUAACAACCCCAGAUGAUCAACAGCAACAACAAGAACAACAAAAUCCCCCUAUCAAUGGCAAGUCCUUUGUCCGGUUCGAGUCUGUCACUUUUAGAAGAACAAAGGAAGCUACGGAAAGGCAAAAUCCGAUGCAACAAAAGACUGGACUGAUAGAAGCUAUUUUGUUUGAGGUCAAAGACCGGGAUAGGAUUGGUGGUUCGUUUGUUGGUUCUGAUGCGUUGUGCUGUACUCCCGAACUAGCCAAAAACGGAAAUUGUAAGGUUGGAGAAGUUAUUAUUCACCGUCAGGAGAAUGGUGAAUGGCCUAAACGUAUCCAGACGUUCUUCGAAGGAAAAGAGGAAGAGGCUAAAAUGACGCCAUUAUCUGUUGAAGUGGAUAGUACUGGAAUGUAUUAUCUGUAUUUUAUGUAUUGUGACCCUCAACUUAAGGGCACAGUGAUUAAUGGAAGAACUGUUUGGAGGAACCCAGAUGGUUAUUUGCCUGGAAAGAUGGGUCCGCUUAUGACAUUCUACGGAUUCAUGUCACUUGCUUAUCUUGUCCUUGGUCUCUUGUGGUUUCUACAAUUUGUUCGAUUUUGGAAAGAUAUAUUACAGCUACACUACUACAUCACUAUUGUCAUUGCUUUGGGGAUGUGUGAAAUGGCUUUCUGGUAUUUUGAGUAUGCAAACUUCAAUUCUACUGGGGCCAGACCAAUGGGUAUUACUAUGUGGGCGGUCACCUUUAGCGCCGUCAAGAAGACUGUCUCUCGGUUACUGCUUUUAGUGGUUUCAAUGGGAUUCGGUGUUGUAAAGCCAACCCUUGGCGGGAUAACCUCUAAAGUACUUCUUCUAGGUCUGGUUUAUUUUCUGGCUUCAGAGGCGCUUGAGCUUGUUGAAAAUCUGGGAAACAUCAAUGACUUCUCUGGAAAAGCAAAGCUGUUCUUGGUGCUUCCUGUUGCUCUAUUGGAUGCGUGCUUUAUACUCUGGAUAUUCUCAUCCUUAUCUAAGACUCUGGAGAAGCUGCAGAUGCGGAGAAGCAUGGCAAAAUUGGAACUCUACAGGAAGUUCACCAAUUCUCUAGCUGUGUCUGUGCUGCUUUCUGUUGCUUGGAUUGGCUACGAGUUGUACUUCAAUGCAACAGAUCCAUUGAGUGAGUUGUGGCGAAGAGCGUGGAUAAUCCCAGCCUUUUGGAGUGUGCUAGCUUACUUGCUCCUUUUGGUGAUAUGCGUCCUUUGGGCUCCUUCUCAGAACCCCACUAGAUACGCUUACUCAGAAGAAACAGGGGACGACUUGGAAGAGGAGGGUAUCUCCCUGACAGGCAGUGUAGAUACUGCAGCCAAGACAGAGAGAAAGGAACUUGUUUUCGGGAUUGGCGGGGAAGACCUUGAGGAGGACAAACGAGAGUGACAACAUGACCAUUUUGAUGUACUUAUUCUCUUUUGUCGUAUCGGCAAACCAUACCUGUUCACUAUUAGCUUACUAAAUAUGUUCUGUUAUACACUUUUUUGCCUGUUACAUUUAGGAAGGAAAGAACACAUGAAUGAAAUGAGUAACUAGAAAAGAGUAUACUUUUCGCUGUUAA